AUGGCUGCAGGUUGGACACUCGAAGACAUCCCGGCCAUGGUGCCGCCGGAGGGUCAGAUACCCAACUUUGUCAAUCCGGAGACUAUGCAUCCUGUAGUGCUUGGGGUUGCCAUUGGGACCAUGGUCUUGAUGGUCAUAGCACUUGUCGUACGAAUCUUCACCAAGGCCUUCCUGCUACGAGCAGUGAAGAUUGAAGAUUACUCCGCCAUUUUGGCCACGGCCGGCAUCAUCCUUUGGGAAUCCAUCUUCAUUUAUCAAUCCAAGCAUGGUUUCUCCCGUCAUCUCUGGAACGUCCGCUUCGUCGAUAUCGAUAAUCUCUCAUAUUGGAACUACCUCGCCGAAAUAUCCUACGCUUGCACAAUGUUCCUCGCCAAGUCGUCGAUCCUCUUCCAGUUCAGACGCAUCUUCUGCCCCGGCUCCCGACGAGAUUCCAUCUGGUGGUGCAUCCACACCCUCCUCUUCCUCAACGCCGGUCAUUCGUUGUCCGCCAUCUUCACCUAUACCUUCCAGUGUACGCCCCGCGAGAAGGCAUGGAAGCCUUUGAUGGAUGGACAUUGCAUCAACAUUGCGGCGGCGAUUAUCUUCGGAGGAGCGAUGAAUCUGUUUCUGGAUUUGGGCAUGUUGAUCACCCCUAUUUGGGCGAUCUUUCGGUUGAACUUGCCUACGAGGAGGAAGGUUGGCGUUUCGGCGGUGUUCGCCGUCGGUAUCUUAACCUGCGCUAUAGCGACCGUUGGCGUUGUCGUCCGCAUUCCCCUCCUUUCCGACCCCGACCUAACCUGGAUCAUCACCAAAGUCGGCAUUUGGACAAUGAUCGAGUACUGCGGCACCAUCCUCGUUGGGUGCAUGCCCUCUUUCCCUCGCUUCUUUCUUUUCCUACGCGGCAAGGAGCCAUCGAUCACCAACAACGCCACCCGUGGAUCUUACACCACCCGAUCAAGACCGAAGACGGCCGGAAGCAUGAAGUCGAACGCGACAGUGAAGAGGCCAUGGACAGGUCACAGUCACUCAAUGAGCACGAGGACCGUAAACUCCCACGCAAACAAAGAAUCUAAUGCGACGACAGCUGUGGGAGUCGCCAGUCCUCAAUCCCAAUCAGCAAAGAGAUUGAUGUCCCCGACCCAGAGCAUUACCUCCAGCAACACCUUUGUCAGCCCGAUAAGCCCGAUGUCCCCGGUCUACGGGUCGCCAAUCAACAACGACUACAGCAACUAUAACAGCAGGAGGAGGGACUCAGGUAUGGGAAUGGGCCUCCAUGUAGGAGUAGGCAUCGCCAUCUCAACCGACCGUUACGAAGAAUCGUUUUCCAGUCCGCCUCGCACACCGCGCAGGCCAAGCUACGGCCACAACUACGGGGAUCUGGAAAGAGGGUAUGGAGGAUAUGGCCCAGGACCAGGACCAGCCCUGACAAGGCCGCGACAAGCAAGUCACGGCACGAUCAGGAGUAACAGAAGUGUCCAGUCGCAAACGCAGAGGUAUCACAGCAGGUGGAACUCUUCGGUAUCAGCGGUGUCGGAUAUGUCGGGGUCAUUUGGGAGUCGGUAUGGAAUUGGGACGUACUAUGAGGAGGCGAGUGGGGAGGGUGAUUGGUCGCCUUUGGAUGGCCCGACGGGAGGAUAUUCGCCGGCGGGCGGGAUGAUUUAA